UUCGAUUUCAGUUCGUGUUGCGGAUUUGAGCUUAUCGGUUAAAGGCGUAAAAAUCGAAUAGUGUAAAGUAUUAUGUGAACUUAACAAAUUAAACAGAAUAGAAAAAUUUCAUUAAAAAUUGAUGGUAACCAAAACUUAGUAAAUGCCUCCGUGUAUAGGCAUCCUCAACUUGAGACGAAUUGGUGAAAUAGCUGCAUAUAUAUAUAGCCGGUUCGGCUUUUAGUGCUUUAUUCAGCUAUACUUUUUUGAAGUAGAAUAAGUAAAGAAAAUCAGAAAUUCCUUAUAUGGAUUUGCAAUAUAAGCAUUAUGAAUAUAUUAAAAUAUCUUUAAACUAUUAAAAGCCUGUAAAGAAAAAUGUGGUAUACAAAAAUACUAAGUAUGUAAAUAAUAUUUAUGAAGUGCGAAAUUCAAUACACUAUAGAAAGAAUUUGUUAACUAGAAACCAAAAAUGUUAUCAAUAACGGCACACGAAAAUUCGCAACACCUGCGACAUAAACCGAUAUGGAUGCUUUUUCUGCUGAUUUUCUUCAUUAUUGCUUUGGAUAAGACAGCAACUGCGACGACCGAAAAUGAACAAACAACAACACCAGAACCAGAUGCUUCACCGGGUUGUAAGGCGCCUGAUAUACGCUUUACUGUCAUACGACCGGAAACAACCACUGAACAACCGUAUGCGAAAUUUGAGACAACUCAGAUUUAUUUACCAGAGGACUUUACAACGUCCGAUGCGGAGUUCGUCGAAAGGAUUAAUAUUGAUCUGACCGCCCGUCAGCCUGGAGUCAAAGACAAUAAAAUGAGCGCUAUCGUUAAUCCCUACCAAGUCGAUCUGGAUGACCAGCACGGCCUGGCAGGGGUGCACGGUGCGGAUGACACACUCGCCGCCAUCGACGACGAGGAGGACGAGGCGGACGACUCCGAAGAUGGCACACCCAAACGUAACCAGAAUCGGAAGUUAAACAAGAAACGGCGUUCUGGAUCAGGACGUCGUCGCCGUAUUGAAAACGAAAAUGGUCAAACACGUGGUCGUGGUAGCCGAUACAAGCGUCAGGUGAUUCAUCACGAUCCUGAUGCCUCUCCUGAUACGGACAAAUGGGGCGGUAGCAAAUUGGCCGCUGAAGGCGAUGUUUACUAUGUGCAUAUUGAUGACAUUCUGCAGUCGGGCACACCCAACGCCGAACUCCGAUUAAAGCUGCAUAAAUUGAAGCAUAAAACGAAGGUAAAGAAUUCCACAUGUACUGACGUCGGAAACAAAGAGCAGUGCAAGCAGGCUCUAGCGAAGAAACACAAAAAAGCAAGCACCAACAACUUAUCCAAGCACAUGGUAGAAAAAAAGCAGAUGCAAACCAAAGAACCCUAUGCGAAACAUCAUCGUAGACGAGGUGAUAGUCACGAGGAAAAACGAGGUGAACAGCAAAUGCUGAAUGAAAAAAUGCAGAACCCGAAUCCACGUUAUCGACGCGCUGCCUUAGGAGCAUUGAAGCAGAAAACCGAUAUGACUGCGAGUGCUUCGGGCAGCUACAACGAUUUGGAAGCGAAUGUAAAUGCGGCAGAAACUAGCGACUUGGAAACGAUAAGAAUUGGAUGGGAACAUAACAAAACUAUCAAAAAUGUAUUUAAUAAAACGACUGACGAGCAGCUGCUGGACGAUAGCGAUGUGCCGGCGGUGUAUGGCAAUGAGACGGGCGCAGAGGCGCUGCAGCGCGUCAAACGCAAGUCCGGCAAGACAACCGGCGCAUUGAGUCGUCCCAAAGGCGGCGGAGAUUCUAGCUCAAAGACAACAAGUCGCAAAGAUAAAGGUAUAUACGAUGAAGAGGGAGGCUAUUCUCCUGUACAUCCCGACGAAACCGAUGAAGAAGAGGAGGAGGAUGAAGAGGAAGAAAUUGACAUUCAACAGCAAUUCACUGAAGUAUCAGAAAUACGUUUCCCGGGCGAAAUUGGACCAUUGGGCGAUAGAAGAUUGUGUAAAAUACGAUGCGUCAAAGGAAAAUGGGUUGGUCCCUUAUGUGCCACCAAUGAGGAGGACGAUAAUGGAAAUGUGAAAUUUCAGCCUCUGUACAAGAGUUGCCAUGUGAAUCGAAUUCCGCCGCAUUUGCUAUUGAGCUAUCGAAACAUUUCAGUGACCCCGAUACCGUCCAUAAGAGGGUCGCGUCGCAAUCGAACUUCCAAAUCGACUUUUAUUUCCAAUACACAAAUUAAUGUUGGCUGGGACUUGCCACAUGGACACUCAUUACAGGCUCGCUGUAAAGAUCUGGGCAUGUACAAGCUUCUUGGCGAAUCUCGGGUGCUUUGCUCAAACGGCCUAUGGGCACCGCGUAUGCCUUCCUGUGUGCCCACAACAUUACUUACCAAUUUCUCUGACGACAGCGCGCCCUCCAUUCGCAUCAAAGUUUUCAAUGGUUCCGGUGCAUUUGAGCCUUCCGGCGUACUAGCCGUACUGCCACAGAGUUCGAUCUUACUAGAUUGCAUGUAUCCACGGAUGCGGGGCAUCCCCGAUUGGACGUGGACAAGUUGGUACAGGCAGUAUAUAACAGGUUGGUCACACGAAGACAAAAAUUUAAGAUAUCGCUUGACAAUUAAGGACAUACAAAACAGUGAUUCGGGAACAUUUACGUGUACUUCACCACGGGGUUUAACCAAUAGCAUUGCAAUUGUUGUGGCCACCUCAACAUGUCCGCAGCUACCAGAACCGGUGUCGCCGCUCACGCUGCGCUUGGAGGGUAAUAAGCUUGGACAGCGCGCCAUGUAUCGCUGCCCUCCAGGUUAUCGCAUCGAUGGUGUUGCAAAUGCAACUUGCUUGGCCUCGGGUAAUUGGUCAUCGCCGCCGCCCACUUGUCAGGCUGUGCAGUGCCCCCGUUUGGCGUUGGACGAUCCACAUUUGAGUUUGAUCGAGCUAAAUACGUCGGCGUGGGGGCGGGCGAUGUUCAAAUGCCAAUGGGGCUUCAAGCUGACCGGCCCGCCGAGACUGGACUGUGAGCCGACGGGCGUGUGGAGUGGCCCAGUACCGCGUUGCAAAGGAGCACAAACGCGCAGCGACAUUGAUUCCUGCCUACACGUCAAAGGAUCCAACUAAAAACCAGAACCACUGCCUAGUAGAGACUGCUGUUGGCGUUGUCAGCAUCAUGCAAAGUACGAGAAUAAUUGAAUUCUUUAUUGACAACUCAAACGCGAGGUAAACGUGAGCGGUGGAUGCUGUUCGACAAGAAAUAACUAGCGUCAACGCCAGCAGUGUUGAAAGUUGGAAGGCGACAAAAACCAUUUUACUCGUACCUCAUUUUCACUUUACUUAACGCGGCCAAUAACUUAAUGUUUUCCAUUUGUGAUUCUCCUUUUUGUUAUUUUUAUUUUUAGUUGGGUUUUAGUUCUGCUAGACGUGUAAUUUUUUCUUUUGUACAAUAGUACAGAUAAAGAUAUACAUAUUCUCUCAUUGUUUGCAAUGCAUUUUUGUUCGUUUUUUGUUCAAAUUGCAACAUAGAUGUUUCACUGCAUCAUCGUCAUUUGCUCUGUUUCUUCUCGCUUUGCUCUAUCUUGCACUCGCCAACCCUAUCAUCUACCCCAUCAAAAUGAAAAAUCACGCGCAUGAAAAAUGUAUAAUGAAACAGCCAUCCAAUGUUCGACGCCGGUGGCGCCGCUAAAUGGACGUAUAGGCGGCACAAAUCUGAACCAGCGCCGUCUCACUGUGGGCGCUUUGGUCACAUUCAGUUGCAACGAGGGACACACGCUUGUCGGCGAGCCGAGCAUCAUUUGCACCGAAACAGGACUCUGGUCGCAUCCACCACCAUUUUGUAAGUAAUACCCCAAGCAGUAAAACAAUAACCAAACCAACCAAACCAAAAAGAAUGGUGUUAAAUUGAAAAUGUAGAAGAGCCGCGAAUCUGUACACACUCACUCAAUACUCACACGCAUACACAAACACGCACACACACAGAGACCUAUGUAUGUAACUGUUAGCCUUAAAGUACACAUGCAAAUAGUGGCGUUGUGUGUGCGUGUGUGUGUAUGUGUAGAAAAUAAUUGGUAGAAAAAGAGGCAAAACAUAAGAGUUACGAACAGGCGAAAAGACAGCUUAAUAAACAAGCAGAUUUUGACGGUUCAAAGGAAAAAUUACAAUUUACGAUUCCAACCCGCUAUUUCUUUUCAACUACUUUAAACACCAAACAGCUGACCAUUCAAUCAACGACUAAUAAAACAUAUCAAAAAAGCUGAUUACUCGACCAUAUAUGUGUACACACAUAUGUGCGUAUGGAAGUAUACGAAUUUACAUAAAUACAAACAUGUAUGUGUACCUAAGUUAGCCCAAUAUGAAGAUAUCUCAUCAGAUUCAUUUAGUCAUCAACUCAUUCUCAUUUCUUUGUACAAAUCUGUGUAUCUCUUUCUGCUCUUGCUCUCCCGCCGCUUCCCCAUCCACCGUCCACUGUGCAGGCAAAUCGCAAUGCCCCUAUCCCGGCGAUCCGCCAAAUGGUUUAAUAGCGCCGCUCAAAUUCAAUUACGAUUCCGGCGAUUAUCUGAGCGUCCAGUGUCGGCCAGGUUUUGUGCAAUACAGCGAGAAUGGUCCGCCAGAGCGUCCAAAAUGUCAACCGGAUGGAAAUUGGUCCGGUCCGGUACCUAAGUGCCGCAGCUAUGAGGAAGUGUAGCUAAUCAAAAUGGCGGACAUGAUGAUGCCGGAAUCAUCUGACGAGUCCACACAACUCCACCCCCCACACCAAAACAGCAUGCUUCGUUAUUAGCCACACAAGAUCAAAGAGCUUAAAGUAGAGGUACGGGGCAGAGACAUAACACCAAACGAAUAAAUAUGUAUGUACGGUUAUAAUCAACACGCUGCAGGAAUAAAUACGUGGACAAAUUUAUGGCGACCCAAACAGCGUUACAUACACGCACACACAUCGUAUUAUGUAUGGAAUAGUGUAAUUUAGGGUAAAUGGUUGGGACAUAUACGAUACACACACGCACACUCGCACACAAAUUAAUAUUGAAAAUUCACGAAACUACUCUGCAGGAAAUAAACAAUCACAAAUUUAUUGAUAUUAUUUUUUCAAAUUGAUUCAAAUAAUAUUAGUUAAAAAACUUACUUUUUUCUGUAUUCAUGGUUUGUAUUGUGCGAAUAAGAGUAUAAAAAUGUUUAUAGAACAUCUUCAAGCCCUUCGUCGAGGUAUUUGGUCAUAGUAAGCUUGCUAGUUUCAUUAGCAUAACCGGUUUCCAAAAAAAAAAUAAAUAUGUUUUAAAUUUUAUUUGGAUAGGUUUCUUUUUUAAAACUAUAUUUCCGCCCCUGUUAUGAUUUGUAACUUUGAAAAUAACAGAGUAAAAAUUUGUAAAUUGGGAGAAGAACUUAACACAACUUAAUUCAUAUCUCACUGACUUUUAGACCUCUGCAACUGCGUUCAUAUUUCGUUAAUUGUUUGAUCACAUCGCUUUCAAUACCUAUUGAACAAAGCAGUAAACAAAAAUAUAUGUUUAAAAUUCAUCAAACAGAUAAUUUCCUAAUGUAAAAAACUUAAUUUAAUCUACUGUUUUAUUAGUCUUAAGUGCUUAACUAUAGCCCUAACUCAUGUUCCUAAUAGGAAUAAAGGAAAAUAAGAUUUUAAAAGAUCGCACUAUCUAUCUGGCAUACGUUAUGGGCGAUUCGAAUUUUACGUGAUGAUUUUGAGAUAAAUCGGUUGGUAAAUAUUGGAUAUAAAUAUAUUUGGAGUCCAGCGCUACAUUUUGGGGAUAAUUUUGGUCUGAAUAACCCGAUUCAGUGAUACAAAUAUGAGCUCAGCUUGUAAACACUUUUUUGGUAAAUAUCCAAAAUUCAAUUGGCAAAUGAGAACUACAACCUAAACCACCUAUGGUGUAUUAAACAUAUUAUAAAGACUCCAAAAAAGUUGAUUCAGGUCUGUAUUCGAAGUAAAACUUUAACUAUUAUAGUUUAAGAAGUACACAUUACAUUAUUACUAACACGUGUGAAGGAGGUCAUUCAAAUUUACUUUUCCAGCUCCAAUACUCGAUUCACUAGGAUUGUACAUUUUGCGAAAGAGCUGUAAACCCUAAAAGGGGUAUUAAAAUCGUUCUGCAAAAAUCAUCGGUUUUUUAUAUUAUUGUUAGCUGAAAUUGCUAUUUCAAAGUAAUUGUUUUAAAAAUUUCCUGCAGGGUUCGAAUUCAUACCGAAAUACAGAAAAAUACUCACACAAUUAUUGAUUUGUAAAAGUUUAUAUCACAGACCAACAUAUUACAAUAAUUAUGUAUUCAGUUAUAAAUUGUAAGAUUGUUUGUUGUGAAUGGUCACUACAAAAUAUUCAUAAUACUUCAGUGGGCGCGUCAACUGAAUUUGAAAAAAAAUCAAAUUUUAAUAUGUAAGAAAAACCUGAGCGUUAUGUGCAGAGUAAUGUAGUUUGGGGAAAAUGUUAAUUCUUGAAAAGAAACAAUUUAUUGCUCCAGUGUAUUAAACAGGAUAAUAUUUAUUAGAAUAAGCGUUGUUAAAUUUAAAUUAAAAAAUACUUAAAACUUACAUUCAAAAACGGAUAAAUGCUGAUAUAUUUACAACAACUUAAAUCUUAUAAUAACAGAAAAAGAAAAAUAUACAUACAUAUAUGUACAAGAAUAUUGAUUUGGAAUAUAUCAAAUUUAACAUUUGUGCUGCAUGGACAGCUUUCCGUUACCCACAAGCCGGGCUUUUACAUAUAAUAUAAUAUUACGUCCCUUAAAAUAUUGUGCAAUGAAUUGGAAUAGCAAAUCAAACUUCCAACUAAUGAAAUUCCAAUAAAACGAAGAGAAAACGGUAAAGUAACUUAUCAAAUAUUAAUUAUAUGUCUCAAUAAUACUGAACCCAACUAUAUGAGUAAACUUUCCAUAGUAAAACGAUGCAAAAUUAUUCACUCAAACUUGAAAUUUAUUAAAACCCGAAUGAAAUUGUAAAUAUUCAAUUUGAAAUUAAUUAAAUUGGUGCUUCUUGAAUAAUACAAGCAAUAAUGCUUUAAUAAAUAAAAGCAUUAUUGCUAUAAGCCUACUAAAUGCAUACAAAUAAAUAUACAAACAUAUUCUUAUGUAUAACAUACAUAUGUAUAUGCCGAUCAAAAAGUAACGAAACUUCCAAAUUUUGCUUUUGCGUGCUAUAAGUAGACCACAAACAUAUAUUUCAGCUACUUAAACUUAAAUAUACACAAAUUAGUAAGUUUUCUUAUUUCUCAAAUAUUAAAAGUUUCUAUAAAUAAAUACCUACUUAUGUACUCGUAUACAUAUACAUAUAUACCAGUUAAAUUGUCCAAAUAAAACCAAUUGUAUUGUAUAAUAUAUUUAAGCUUAUUUAUGUAUGUACUUGUAAGUGAAUAUUAGUGAAAUUUAAGCGAAAACGGCGAAGAAUCGUAAAAGUUUGUGAUCAUUUAAAGGCAAAAAUAUUUAAAAAAGUAAUAACAAUAUAUUGUAAUAGAAAGACAAAAUGAAUUAUAGCGAAACGAAUACAUAUUGAAAAUAAAGUGCAUAUCUGAGGGAAGUGAAAGGAGAAU